CUUUAGCUUAUGAGUCUGUCCGUCUUCCACAAAGACUAGUCCCCUUCAAGGAAAACUCUCUGCAAUUUCCUCUCUCUUUCUUCUUCCUCCUCCUCGAAAACCCUCGGCUUUUCGAGCUUUUUUCGAUUAGUUUUUGUUCGUAUUUUAUACUUCUUGGUCAGAGCUUCAGACCCAAUUGAAAUGAAGAAGGUGGUACUGAAAUUGGAUUUACAUGAUGACAAGGAAAAACAAAAGGCCUUGAAAGCAGUCUCCAGCCUUACAGGCAUUGACUCAAUUGCUAUGGACAUGAAGGAGAAGAAACUAACGGUGAUCGGCGACGUUGACCCGGUCGAUGUGGUGGCCAAACUGAGAAGAGGGUGGUACACAGAGAUCCUAACAGUCGGGCCGGCAAAGGAAGAAAAGAAAGAUGAUAAGAAAGACGGAGGGGGUGCCAAAAAAGAUGACAAGAAAGAAGAUGAUAAGAAGAAACCUGAUCCAGUUGCUGAGCUUGUCAAGGCCUACCAAGCAUACAAUCCCCACAUGACCAAGUACUACUAUGUCCAAAGUGCUGAAGAAAACCCGAAUUCCUGUGUUAUCUGUUAAUUAAUUGAGGAUUAUGAGAUGAUUAGCGGUUUGAUCGUGUAUUUUUGGUAAGGCCAUCUGAAUUUUAAUUUUUAAUCAUGUUUUGGAACCAAUUGGAGGCCAGCCAAAGAAAGGUUUGUGAUAUGUAUAUGGAGUGCAAGUGGCUUGAAAAAAUAAGUGUCUGAACUUUGAUUUUUAUUUUUGAUUAAAGUUAAAAAGCACAGUUAAUUACUCA